CUUGAAUGAAGUGUUUGAUUGCUGAAGUUAGUGGAUCAAGUCAAAGAAAGUAAAUGCUUGCAUCUCAAGUUCUUAUUUCAUGUUUUAUUUUAUAGUGUAAAUUAAAGAAUAACAUAGUUUAGUGACUAUUUUAUUAAUAAUUUGUUAAAAUUAACGCAAUGGCUAUGCAACCACAUAGUAAAAAAAGAGUGUGCUAUUACUAUGAUAGUGACAUCGGAAAUUAUUACUAUGGGCAAGGCCAUCCCAUGAAACCUCAUCGUAUACGUAUGACUCACAAUUUGCUUUUAAAUUAUGGACUUUAUAGGAAGAUGGAAAUAUAUAGACCACAUAAGGCUACAGCUGACGAAAUGACUAAGUUCCACUCAGAUGAUUAUAUUCGGUUUCUAAGAUCGAUCAGACCAGACAACAUGUCUGAAUAUAAUAAACAAAUGCAAAGAUUUAAUGUUGGCGAGGACUGUCCUGUAUUUGAUGGGUUAUAUGAAUUCUGUCAGCUCUCAGCCGGUGGUUCGGUAGCGGCUGCAGUAAAAUUAAAUAAACAGGCUUCAGAAAUAUGUAUCAAUUGGGGUGGUGGACUCCAUCAUGCUAAGAAAUCAGAAGCAUCAGGGUUCUGUUAUGUAAAUGACAUUGUUCUUGGAAUUUUGGAACUAUUGAAAUACCACCAAAGAGUUUUAUAUAUUGAUAUUGAUGUGCAUCAUGGUGACGGUGUGGAGGAGGCGUUCUACACUACAGACAGAGUUAUGACAGUCUCAUUUCACAAGUAUGGAGAAUAUUUCCCAGGGACAGGUGACCUACGGGACAUUGGGGCUGGCAAAGGAAAAUACUAUGCAGUGAACAUACCUCUACGGGAUGGAAUGGAUGAUGAUUCAUAUGAGUCUAUCUUUGUGCCCAUAAUAUCUAAGGUCAUGGAAACUUUCCAGCCCAGUGCAGUAGUGUUGCAGUGUGGAGCAGAUUCACUAACAGGUGACCGAUUGGGUUGCUUCAAUUUAACUGUUCGUGGACAUGGACGAUGUGUAGAGCUGGUGAAGAGAUUUGGACUUCCUUUCCUACUUGUUGGAGGCGGAGGAUAUACAAUCCGCAACGUUUCCCGCUGCUGGACUUAUGAGACUUCAGUUGCACUUGGAGUAGAAAUAGCAAAUGAAUUGCCUUACAAUGACUACUUUGAAUACUUUGGACCUGAUUUCAAACUACACAUAUCUCCAAGUAACAUGUCUAAUCAAAACACACCCGAAUAUUUAGAAAAAAUUAAAAAUAGACUGUUUGAAAAUUUACGGAUGUUACCGCAUGCACCAGGAGUACAGGUACAAGCCAUUCCAGAAGAUGCUGUGAAUGAUGAAUCUGAAGAUGAAGAUAAGGUUGACAAAGAUGAAAGACUUCCCCAAAGUGAAAAGGACAAACGUAUAACGGGCGACGGCGAGCUGUCGGACUCCGAGGACGAGGGCGAGGGGCGGCGCGACAACCGCUCGUACCGCGCGCCGCAGCGCAAGCGCCCGCGCCUCGACAAGGACGCCACGCCCGCCAAGGACGACGCCAAAGCUGAAGACACAAAAGACGAUGUAAAGAAUAUAAGCAAUAUGGAAGAACCAAAGAAAGAGGUGCCGCCGAAUGCCUGAUGCGUGCGAUAAAUGACACCAGGAAGUUCAUUAAUCGGCAUACAGCUGAACUCCACUAAUGAUUUUUGAACACAGGUGUGUGCGCUAACGUGUUACAUGUUUAGCGAUAAUAUUUUUAUUAUGAAAAUAUUUCUGUAUUGACUCGAAAGUGCAUAGCAAAUAAGAGUGAGUGUUAUCACUAGUUAGGCUACGAUUAAAUGAUAAGUGACUUUUAAACUACAAAACUGAAUAUGUAUAUCACAAAAACCACAGACAUGCAACAGAUAACCGUCAUUACAUUAGCGUCUUGAUCGUGAAGGCGAAUGUGAGGCACCAAAAUAUGCGAUUAUAUCUAGAUGGGACUAGAUGUAAAAAUACAAUUGAGGCACUUUAUUUGAAAUAUUGUAAUAUCUAUUCAUAAAAUUCGUUGUAAAUAUGGAAUCAACACAAUAUACAUAUUUAUACUACUCUAUAUUAUUCAAUAUGAAAAAAUAAUUUGUGGAUAAUGUGAUCUCUAAUUUUAAGAUAUUUUCUAAGGUUUUUUUUAUAUAUUUAGCUAGUUUAAGAAAGACAGGUCGCAUUUCAAGUCUGAAAUAUUAUUUAAUGGCAAAACUAAAUAUUCCUUAACAGAUCAAGAAGUUUAUUUGUUUGAGUGAAUUUAUAUUACUAAAAAUACACUUUUUACAAAUAACAGAACAUGAUUGGCUUAAAUCUUAUAUUAUAAAGAUUUUGUUAGUUGGCUUAUGUAACCAGAUUGUAAUAUUUGUCAUAUUUAAAUAAACACACAACUAAACAGGUUGGUAACAAAUUGUCUAUAAAAAAAAACAUCCAGUCUGUUUAUAAUUUCAUGAUUAGAUUUUUUUUUACGAAAUUGGCUGUCUAAUAAAUUAUGACUGAAGGAGAUUUAUAAUCUACAAAGGAAUGUCUGAAACUGAAAUAUUCUUUACUCUUGUUGUUCAAUGAAAUGUUAAAAGAUUUUUAAUUGACACUUACAUGUAGUUACAUGUAUUGCCUAAAUCGCCAUUAAAAGUGAAGUUUCACUUUAAAUGUAGAUUUAGAGAAUAAUGAGGAAGCCCUUCAAUUACUCGAUUAAAAAGUAGUCAAUAGUCUGGACUACCAAAAAAACUCAUUCAGUAGUUUCAGUAUUAUUCAGACACAGACUGACAGAUUUUCAUCAUUAUUGUGAUACAAAUGUCCCUACAAUUAAUAUUUUAUUUCUUUUAAAUUCUGUUAUAUGUAUAUUUGUAAUAAAACUUGUAAUAACUAAAUUCAUACUGUGUUCUAAAAGCAUUUCCUAAUCAUUUAUUAAAUUAUUAACUUAAACAUUACUGUGUGAUGUCUUAGUUACUUUUCAAAUUGUAUUUCAAUUUAGUUUUGUGUCCUUGUGACAACUAAUGAUAUAUGAUACUGUGUGUACAAUGUUGGCCUGAAUAUAUUGUAAGCCCUAAAAAAAUCAUGUAUUUAAACUGCAGUAGAAUAUUGAACUUGUUAUAAUAGUGUCGAAUAAAUUUUGGUCACUUGUAUACACAUACAUAUUAAAUAUGUCGUUAGUUGACUGAAGGAAACUGAAUUGUUAUAUACUUUUGAAUCAAUUCCUAAGUAUAUAAUCUGUUAAUAGUAUUUAAUAAUGAUGUGUCAUGGUUCAUCUUAAACUUCAUGAUUACUGUAUUAUGGCAUGGCUGACAAAUUAAAAUUUCUUUUGAAAUUUUUAGUCCGAAUGUAUUAUUUUUUUUAUCAUAUAAAAUGUACAAUAAUUUUGAAACAUACAGACACUUCUGUUUGGUUUUUAAUUUUAUGAUCUAUGUAUAUUCUUAACACUUUCAAAUAAUAGACUAUUUAUAGUGGGCAUACAUAUGUACUAUGAACAGCAUUGAACAUGGAAUUAAAUAAUUUCAUUUAUAAAAAUGAAUAUCCUCAUAUUUGUCACCAAAGAAGUAAUCGUUAUAUAAUUUGUUUUCGUUACUAAUGUAAAUUAAGUUUUGUUAAUGUAAUCGCCUAAAUUAUUAUUUAAAAUCAUGUUAAAAUACAAUAUUUUGAUGCGUCAGCCAUACCAUUAUAGUCAUUUAUACAUUUAUAACGCUAGAUACUCUGGUAAUUAAGGUAACACAUUAAUCCUUUUUAAAAUCUUUCAGAUUCUUCACACAUUUUCAUAAAUUCUCUUUAGUCGUAAUCUUCGAUAUAGAAUAUAGGAAAGUAAUAAAUAAGUUUUAUUUUUAUAUUAAAAUAGUUAUAAAAAUAGUUUCCUAUUAAUUCAGAGAAUCAUUUUGAUUUUGGUAAUUUAAUUAUAAACAUAAUUUUAACUUUAAAUUUAUUUAUAUAUUAAAUAUUUUAUUCUUUGAAAUUUGAAUGUUGUAUAUGCCAUCAAACUCUGAUUUUAUAUGACUAUGCAUUUUGUUAUAAUUAAAUCCAUGUUAAUUCAAAUUUUCAAAAACAUGCUUCAAAUUGCUAUGCAAUUGUAAUGAUUAAAUUUUGAAAAAAAAGCGGAGCGUGUUGUCAUUAUAUCAAUAUUUAAUGUUUCGUCAGUCUUUAAAGUUUCAUAGUAUUUAAAAGUAUCAAGUAUUUUGCAGGAUUUAUUUUAUGAUACACUAUGCAGAAAAAAUAUAUGUUUGAAUUAUAUAUUUUUUUGUACUACGGAAAUGUGAUGUUCGUUUUCUUGUUAAAAAACGAAUUUUUGAUUGUUCAUAUAGAACACAAUAACUGUAAAUAUUUUUUUGUUAAAUACAUGAAUGU